CUCUUUUCUUUUCAAUAUAUCUAUUUGUUUAAAUGAAUAUUAAAUGUCACUUCUCGAGAAUAUAAGGAGAAGAUUAACUCAUCAAUUAGAAUCUCAUACUGUCGAUGAUGAUUAUACCACUUCCUGCAAUCGUUCCCCCUCGUCCCAUACUAUGAAUUCUUUCCGGGUGAACCCCGAAUUACCAUCUGAUCCUUCUCCUUUACCUCCUCCAUCUUUUGAACAGUCUCGGGUUCAACAUGUAACUGAUCCUUAUGAUCCCGAUGAAUUAGUUCCUUCUUAUGAAUCUUCCCAAUUACUCCAUGAACAACAACAAAGAGAAUUGACUGACUUGACUCGUCCUCUUUCUCAAUCAAUACCCACUUCUUCCAAUGUUUCAAGAUCAAAUUCUUUAAUGCUAUACCCAAGAAGCGCUUCUCUGUCUAAUUUAAGAAAUACUUUCAUUAAUAAUUUACAUCAUAGUCAUCAACUACAUCAACAAAAUAGUCGUCCUUCCUCUAUACGACGUCUCAAUUCAAAUCAUAGCCUUCAUGAUCCUAAUACCUUGGAUCCUUCAAGUGACGAAGAUCCAAAUAAUGAUACUAAUUGGAAUCAUCAGUCUAUUCGUAAAAAUAAUGGUAAAAGAUCUUUGAAAAAAAUUGGUUUAAAAUUCUUAAAUGCAAGACAACAUUUCCUUCUUGCUUGUUGCCGUGAUCUUUCCCUAGCUCCUCCAGUAAUCGGUUUAAUUCAACUGUGGAGAAGGUCUUUCUUCAACUCAUCCCCUAUAAAUCUUUCUUCUAAUUUAUCAAAUUCAGAUCAAAAGAUUAUCGCAAUAACAACCGCUAGAUCUUCAGAACAUUUCUUGACCGGUGUAUGGUGCUUGGUUGCUGGAUAUCUACUGUAUCAAGUCCUUGAUGGCUUAAUGGUUCGUUGGAUUGUAACUUAUUCAACCGCUGCUGCAAUUGUUCGUAUGUUAUCAAUGUCUACCAUAAUAAUCACCAUCGAACAAUAUCUUGUGGCUUCUCUUUCUGCAGAAGGUUACAAAUACGGCCUACAUAUCUGGAUCUUAAUCAGUUGUUGUUUAACUUUAGCAUAUAUCGUCCAAAAUUUUGUGACUUCUAAUUUAGAUUUAAAGGGUAAAAGAAGAGCUAGAUUUUUUGAUUUCUAUAAUAUCGUCGUCUUCGCCGUGGUUCCAAUUGGUUUGGCGAGUUUCAUCACUAUGAUUGGUUUACUAAGGUCUCUUCUUAUCCUAAGACUAGAUAUAGAACAACAAAAACUGAAGUAUAGUAAAAAUUAAUAUAAAGCA